CUAAAAGCUGGGAUGGAGGGACUAUUACUCCUAAUACUACGAUGAAAGCAGUUUUGCCGUUUGAUAAUUUAUCUUCAUUUUCUUCUCCAUAAAAAUCUCUGACUCUCUCUCUCUCUCUCUCUCUUCCUACGAUUAGGGUUGCACUGUCAAAUGCCAAUGGUUCCGACACUCCCCGGUUUAAUUGCUCAUCUCGUAUUCUCUCUCUACUCCCUCUGAUUUCUUCUGCUUUCUCUCUCUGUCUCUCUUUGCUCGGUAGGUUGUUGGACCGUAGAAUUUAGACAACGUUUACCGGAAAAAUUGGGAAAUCGUGAUCUGAAGAGCAUCGAACGAUGCAUUCGGUGCCUUCCAACCACCUUCUCUUGUCCACGCGCCCCGGCGUCACAUCCUUCUAUGGCGGCUCAUCUUUUCAUCGUUUGAAACAUCUUCAGAAAAGUGAUCGGCGUGGUAAUCUUAGUAGUUAACGUUUUGCCUUCAAUUUUGUUUUUGGAUCGGUUUUUCCAUCGAGGUUUCUUGCGCUCUGUUUUUCGCUUUCCGGCUAGGUAUAGUCGACGUGACGUAAGGAUUUCUUAUUAUUUUGACGUGGACAUUGGAAUUAGUUGAUCUUCGGAUUUUCUGGUGAUCGGACAACGUUUCGUUUUGAGGAGUUAAUUGAGUUCUUUUCUGCAGCUGUUUCCGGUGUAGAUGGAAGUGUUUGGUCCUCAUAAUACAUCAGCUUGUCUAGAUAUAGAAAGCAGCGGCUGUUCUUCAACAGACCCUGACCAUCAAUCUCAGAACAACUCAAAGGAUCUUUCUAUGAAUGACCUCAAAACAUGUCUGACAGAGUUUUUUGAUGUUGAAGAUAGUGGAUCAUCAACUAAUGAACUCGACCUAUCUCCUGGGAAGGAUUAUGUAGUCAAUGUGGUGAAAGAAUGUGAAUGCCAAGGCUUAGAAAAGAGUGAAACAGGUAAUUCAGCAUCUGAGAAAUGCCUAAGCAAGUGUGCCACAUUUCCACCUCUUUGUGGGCCGAAGCCCUCCGUAGAUGCAAUCAUUGGUGAGAAAGAAGAGCAGGAGGAAGAUAUUAGUGCUGAAGUCUCUGAAGCAAAUGACAUUAAUAAUCCUUCUAAUAAGUGCUAUUCACGAUCCAAAUCACUGCCUGUUCCUUUGAAGCUUGUAUCUGCCAUGAAAGGUAGCCGUGAAAAACAGGGAAUACCACUCAAGGAUCUCUCAGUAACCUGGGCUCCUGAAGUGUACGACCCAGUCCCAACAUCUGUGUCACAUCUUCCAUCAAAUAAGAAUCAAAGCUAUCGCAGCAAUAGCAAGAAGUAUGGGAAGUACAAGCAGAAGAGUGGUUCUAAAUCUUCACGAGGCAGCAAGGGUAAGGAUAAGAAGCCAGUUCGGAAAAGUGGUAGUGGGUCCACUAGGCUCAGGCCCUUCUAUGAGACCUACGGAGACAGUUUCAGCGAACCACCUGUAGAUUUUGAUGUUGGCAGCCCAGAUCCAUUCUGUGGGAGUAGCUUCCUGAAGCAAUCUGUCAGAAAUAUGCACUUUCCAGUUGCGGAGGCUACGUGAUGAGUCAUGGAUGCUUGUUUUUCUACCGGUGUACAUAAAUAAGUAGAGAUUGAGAUUUUGGUUGAUCCAUGAACGUUCUAAGAUGCAUGAGAAAUGUUUGUCAGAUGAUUGUUUUACCAUGGUUUUGAGUGCUUUGUUUGGUGACUUUGGUUGUAGUUUGACCUAUGUUUUUCGGUGACCUAGUUUAUGGGUGGAUUUGUCAAAA